AAAAUCAAGAUGUUGAGUGCACUCUUUUUGCUUGCCGCCUUUUUAAUCGCGGUGUACAAAAUUUAUUUUUCUAAUACCAUUACUUAUAAUAAAAUUACUAAGUAUGGAGAAAAUAAAACUUUGGUGCUUAAAGAGGCUCCGGGGCCAACACCACUGCCCAUAAUAGGUAAUUUACACCUUUUGGGUAAGCACGAAUCGCCAUUUCAGUCUUUUACCGACUUGGCGAAGAAGUACGGCGACAUAUUCAGCCUGCAGCUGGGAACUGCUAAAUGUCUGGUGGUCAAUAAUCUGGAUCUUAUCCGGGAGGUCUUGAAUCAAAAUGGGAAGUUCUUCGGCGGACGACCUGAUUUCAUCCGCUUCCAUCAACUCUUUGCUGGUGAUAGGAACAACUCCUUAGCGCUCUGCGAUUGGUCAAACCUACAGCUGCGUAGACGCAACCUAGCCCGGCGUCAUUGCGGGCCAAAACAACACACAGACAACUUUGCACGAAUUGGAGACGUGGCCACAUUCGAAUCCAUCGAGCUCCUACAAACUUUGAAAAACAUCACUCGUACUUCCGACUCAAGUAUCAACCUAAAACCAAUCUUAAUGACAACAGCAAUGAACAUGUUUUCCCACUACAUGUGUAACGUUCGUUUUGACGCCGAAAAUGACGAAGAUUUCAAGCGAAUUGUUGACCAUUUCGACGAAAUAUUCUGGGAGAUCAAUCAGGGAUACGCUUUGGAUUUCUUGCCGUGGUUACAACCUUUUUACAAGAAACAUUUGGAUAAACUGUCAAACUGGUCUGCAGAUAUCAGAUCCUUUAUUUUAUCAAGGAUUGUAGAACAGAGAGAAUUAGAUUUGGAUGUAGAAGGACCGGAAAAGGACUUUUUAGAUGGUUUACUAAAAGUUUUGCACGAAGAUCCGACAGUCGAUAGGAAUACUAUCAUAUUUAUGCUUGAAGACUUUCUGGGCGGACAUUCUUCGGUUGGUAAUCUUGUUAUGUUGUGUUUGACAGCUGUGGCGAGGGACCCUGAGGUUGGUAGAAAGGUAAGGGCAGAAUUAGAUGCUCUCACUAAGGGUAAGAGACCAGUCACAUUGCUGGACCGUCAUAGCUUACCUUAUACUGAAGCUACAGUCCUAGAAUGUCUUAGAUACGCCUCUUCGCCAAUAGUACCUCAUGUAGCUACAGAAAACGCCGCCAUUUCUGGGUACGGAGUAGAAAAAGGCACAAUAGUAUUCAUAAACAAUUACGAAUUAAAUACUUCGGAAGAAUAUUGGCAAGAACCGGAGAAAUUUGACCCUACAAGAUUUUUAGAGAAAACCAAAGUUAGGGUGCGAAGGAAUUCCUUCUGUGAUUCUGGUAUGGAAUCCGAUGGUGAAAGACCAAGUAAGCCAUCGGAGUCAGAGAAAGAAGUUUGGUCCGUAAAGAGGAAUAUACCUCAUUUCCUGCCUUUCAGUAUAGGUAAAAGAACAUGUAUAGGUCAGACUUUAGUCACUACAAUGAGCUUUGUAAUGUUUGCUAGUAUAAUGCAGGAGUUUGAAAUAGGGGCUGAAAGUCUAGAGGAUUUGAGGCAGAAGCCAGCUUGUGUAGCUUUGCCAAAAGAUACGUAUAACCUCUUUUUGAUUCCCAGAAAGCAUUGAUUCUUUUUUAAAUUGUCUACUUACGUAAAUUAUUUGAGCUUGGUUUUUUUGUUUGUGUUUUUGGUUUUGACGCAGUUUUUUUUUUUUGAAAAUUGCGGGUUUUUUUAGAAGGUGUACUUUCUAUUUUACUAAAUAUUAUUCUAUUAAAGAAAUCAACUAAAGACUUUUAAUAUUUUAGUUUAGCGGUUAAAAACAAUGCUUGCUGCACAUUUUUUCAUUUUUGAAGACAUAGACAACCAUUCAAGAUUUUCAUUCAACAUAUUUUUUUAGAGCCUCACUGUCAUUUUCAUUUAUUCCAAAAUUGUCGUUUAAUAAAACAGUCUCUCAUCAAAAAUACAAAUAAAAAACCAAGAAAUUAACGCUCAAAACUAUUUAUUUCUUGAAAUAAUUGUUUUUUUAAGUACUUUUUUUAUAUUUUCGGUAAACUGUGACGUAAAUUCUGACAUUAGAAAUGAUAGGCGGGAAAAAUGUUUGUAAUCUAUGGUAAGGAAAAUGGAUGAUGUGUACUGAUAAAAAAAUAUGGUUUUCUGUUCAUAAUUGUCAAUGUUUGCAAUAUUUUUGAGUAUAAUUACAGUUUAAUCAAUCUUAGUAUAAUAUCUGUUAGAUAUGAAGUGUUUUAAAAGCAUUGACAUAUAUUCUAGCGAUAGACAAGAACAUCCAUACAAAUAAUUUACCCGCUUAUGUCGUCUGUUGACAUCUCGAUGACGUAUUGUGACAUGUAGUCAUCCUCAUUGAUGUUAAUUGCAGAAACGUCGCUCGUAUUUUGCCUACAUUUUUCAUUACUCAAAAAGUUUAUAUCUAAGUGAAUUCAAAAUCAUGUAAUAUAUCAAAAAGUUUAUUUAUAUCUAAUUGAAUGCAAAAUCAUGUAAUAUAUUAAAACCGGGAACUUAUUUUUAGGGUUUUUAAUAUUAAUUACGAUGUUUUUUUUUUCUUAAGAGAAAAAAAGGGGCUAUCACAAAUUUUCGCGAAUUUAAUUAUUUUUUCUUGAAAGUAAGAACAUACCAUGACAAAGUGAAGUCUGUUUUCAUUGAUAUUUUACCUACUGCCAGUUUUAUGGCACAUCUGUUUCUGCACGAUUUUCUUAAUCCAUAAUUUAAGAUGGCGGGCGGGAACAAAUUAAUGCAUAUUUGUAAAAUUGAAUUAUAAAUGAAAAGUAUGAUAUACAAGCGUUGUAAUAGCAUGAACAGCGUGUAAUUUUACUAACUUGACUCUCGAAUUAGUUUAUAUGUGUAAGUUUAUACCUUGAUAUGUAUUUUCUAUUUUAUAAUUGUCGUUUCAUAGACAUCCAUCUGACGCAGGUGUCAAAAUCGCUCUGAUUUGCCAUUUUGGGCACUGCAUAGUCUGCACUGCAGUUCAGUGUGGUAAGCUUUUUGUUCGGAACGUUCUAUCUAGUACGUAGUACAUAUAUAUCGAUGUUUAAAAGUUUGUAUUUAUCUUUUUUUUAAAUAUUUUUUGAACACUGAUAAUUUUGAACCAGAAAGCCAAAAACGACUGUAUCUUGCCUUUUGGAUUUUGCUUGCGUAUGUAAAAAAUAUUUUGUGACUUUUUGGUUAUUUUCACAAAUAGAUUACGUAGUAAUAGUGGUAGUUUUCAAUAGUUAGGAGUCACGAAAAUAUUUUUGUCUUAGAAACUUGUAGCAUUUUUAGAAAAGUAGUCUUUCGAGUGUCUUAAAGUUCCUUUUUUUAUUGAUUUUAUAAAAAAAAUCUCGUCAAAAUCGGCUGUUUUAACUUAAUUUGACCGAAGAAAUGUAGUAGAUUUUUUCGUAUUAGAAAUUGCAUUUAGCGCCAUCUAGUAGUGAGUAGCUGAAACUUUCUGAUUGUACUUUUGUUUCGCAGUGUGUUUGAUGUGUUACUUUACAUGUAGAACUGGUUUAAACUAGAAAUAGAUGUAGAAUAUAGACUUAAUAGGGGAAAUAUUGUAAAAAACUCUUAUAAUCAUGUAGAAACAUUAUUUAAAUAAUUAAAAUAACUAGAUUGUUCCUAAAAGACGACUUUAAUUUAAGUUUCAAUGGUUUGCUAUAAACCUAUGGCGGGUUUCCAAAGAAAAUGUAUUUAGAUUGUAGAUUAAAAAUCCAAAUUUAA